AUGACACACUGGUGCUCGCCGAGGGGAGGAGCUGGGAGGAGGCCCACCGUCAUCGCCAACAUCUUGGUGGCAUGCACGGUCCGGGCCAUCAGUGGACUGGGCCUCAAAGUGGCGGCUGGGAAAACGGAGGCGGUAUUCAUGCAUGGAGGGAACCAUGGGCCGCCCCCGGAAACCCACAUCGUUGUGGGGGACAUGCGCAUCAGGGUAGGAUCCCACAUCAAGUAUCUGGGCCUACUCCUGGACGAGAGGUGGCGCUUCGGGGAUCACAUCCUGAAGCUGGCCCCCAGGUUGGACGCGACGGCGAAUGCCUUGUCGCGUCUGAUGCCCAACCUGGGGGGCCCCAGCGGGAGAGUAAGGCGCCUGUACGGAAAUGUGCUACACUCCAUAGCACUGUACGGAGCGCCGAUCUGGGCGACGGCAGUGAGUGCUGACAGGAAGGCGCUGGCGACGCUGCGGAAAACGCAGAAACGUAUGGCGGUCAGGGUCACGCGUGCGUAUAGAACCGUGUCGCACGCGGCGGCCACACUCCUGGCUGGCAUGCCCCCGGUGGACAUAUUGGCGGAGGCGUAUACUUGGGCCUACGAGAGAAUCGCUGGGUUGAAAGCCCAGGAAGUCCCGGUAGCCGGGAAGGUAAGGAGAGCGAUCAACGCUCAGGCGAGAAAACGGGCGCCCGACAGAUGGAAGGAGACGUUAGCCAAGCCCGGCUGGGGCCGGCGAACAGUGCAGGCCAUCCUUCCACACAUGGAGGGGUGGCUCGACAGGACGUGGGCCAGAGCGUCCUACAGGACGUCGCAGGUGCUCACCGGACAUGGCUGUUGCGGUCAGUACCUGCGGCGCAUAGGAAAGGAGGCAGCACCAAGCUGCCAUCACUGCGGAGAUGAGGAGGAUACGGCGCAGCACACGCUGGAGGCAUGCCCGGCGUGGGCUGUGCAAAGACACGCGUUGAGAGAGACCAUAGGAGAGGACUUCUCGCUCGAAGCGGUUGUAGGGAAGAUUGUGCGAGAGGAGAGCGCAUGGAGUGCGUUCUCCAGUUUCUGCGAGGGGAGGCGACUAAAAGGAGAAUCUGGGACGGCAGAGGGAGCCCAGGGGGGAGUCGGGGGCCGAGGACCCCAGGCUCACCAGCCCCCACCAACAACCAGGGGGCGCGGCGGGGGCCCGGUGGCACCCCCGUCGCGGCGCGACCAAGCGCCAGAAGAACGCCCAACUAAAGGUGAGGCUCCAAUUAGGAGCCAAGAGGGGCGCGCCAUGUAA